AUUCGCACGCAAACUCAUACAAACAGAGAGAGAGAGAGAGAAAGAGAAACAAAUUGUAUCAAGCAAAAGCUCUCCCUCUCUUUCUCUCUCAACGUCACUCAUGGCGGAAAUGGGGCGACCAUUGCCAAAGUUUGGUGAGUGGGAUGUCAAUGAUCCAGCUUCAGCAGAGGGGUUCACGGUGAUUUUCAACAAAGCUAGAAAUGAGAAAAGGGCAGGUGGCAAGAAAGAGUCGCCACCAAAGAGAGAUCCUGGAUAUAAACAUAAAGCUACUCUUGGAAAGCCUCAAUCUCAAUCAAAGAAAUGGUUCUGUUGCAUGCAACCUCCUACUGAAUGAUGAACACUCUCUAGCUCAUUUGUGCUGUAAAGAUAAUCGCCAGAAACCACCGUGCAAUUCAUGUGUGUUCCACAAGACCGGAGCUCUAACUACGCUGUGAUAAGUCAUGCUGGAAUUUCUUAUUGAUUUUUUUUCUUUUUGGUUUGAGAAGUGAUAGUGUGCACCAAGUUGUUCUAUUGUUCUGUUUUUAUUUUCUAAAAUCAUCGCUAAAUCGAGGUCAUGGUGAAUUUCUCUUAUGUAUUUGCAUAAUGGAUUUGAAUGCUAUUUACUAAUCACAGAUAAUAUGUUUAUUGACA